AUAAAACCUUAUUAAAAUGAAAUCUUUCCUUCUUCAAGAACCUCUGUUGCGGCUACUGAUAAUAAAGACAAGACGCUUCUGCACGUCCAGCCGACACCUGGAAGCACAGGGAUGGUUACCAAAAUCAUAACCCAGCAUUUGGGACACCCCAAGAGCACUCUAAUGGGCUGGGUGACACAGAGCCUAAUGAAACAGAACAACCGUUUUUUGGAGGAGAACGCAGUGAGACUGUGUGAGAUACAAGCAGACAACACGGUUCUGGAGGUGGGUUUCGGGCCGGGGCUGGGUCUGCAGGAGGCGGUACAGUACCUGACAGAUCCCAGGGGGAAGCUGCUGGGGCUCGACUACUCGGAGUACAUGCACAAGGUGGCCAGAGAGAGGCUGCGGGAUCACAUCGCCUCGGGGAAGGUGCGGCUCUUCCAGGGCAGGGUGGAGUCCAUCCCACUGCCUGCCUGCUCCGUGGACAAGGUGUACCACUGCAACUGCCACCUGUACUGGCCUGACAUGAGAGCCGGGAACGCAGAGCUGCUGCGGGUCAUGAGACCAGGAGCCCUGAUGGUGUCGACUCUAAACCUGGAUUACCUCCGAUGGGGUCUAUCUUGGGGGUUCCUGCAGGGGGCGAAUGUGGAGCCCAAGCCCUACCUGGAGGCUCUGCGGGCCGCAGGGUUCACCGAUGUCCGUCUGGAGGAGAAAUACGACAAGGGGAGGAAAUUCGAGGCCAUAUUCGCCACGGCUGAGAAAUAGAGAGAAAUGUCUUGAAAUAAAGAGAUACGCUUAAAAAUACAUUCAUCUGUAGUGGAUCUGAAAGAAUGAAUUUACCACACUGUAAAAAAAAAUGUGUGUUUGUGCUUUUCAACUAGAAAUAACAUUACAAUGCAAAUCAAUUUAAUAAAAUGCAAGCAGACCUUGUUUAUAAUCCA